AUGAACCUUGACCAAACUCCACCCACCGUGUUUUCCAAUACCAACAGCUCCUACACUCCUAGCGUCAAUAGCUUGUCUAGUGCCUCUUCCGACCAGUCUUUCCGUCGGCUCUUUUCGUUACCCAAUGGCUCGUCGUCUCCACUUGGUACCCAUUUUUCGCAGCCAAAUGUGCCUCUGCUUUUUGCAACCAAUUCUGAUACUCCUACCGUUGAAGACACUUUGGCUGUUUUGAAGCUUUGGAAAGCUGUAUCUGUGCUUAAAAGCAACGUUUGUAUAAACAACCCUACUAUAUGGCCUGUGUUUGUCGCUUGGGCUUUGCGCCGUUUCGCUCUUUUCGCUUCUGCCUUGGCUGCUUCUGAAGAUAAGGCUCUUCAUGUUCUUCCACCAUUGGAUGUGGCAUGGGUAUGGCAUUCGCUUCUUAUGGCGCCUGAAGCUUGCUAUGCCAUGUUUGCAAGGUCUGGAAUGGCUCAAUUCUUGGAUGUCUCGUUUCCCUUGAAGCCAAUUGCUGAUGCCAUUGAUCAAUCCUUCAAUUAUGUCCCAGACUCUUUGGCAAUGCACAACUUCAAUGCUUUGCUUGCAGGUUAUGGCAAUGGAUACAGCUUGUCCUAUGACUUUUCAGACUUUGAUCCUUCAAUGGCACUUCCAAUAUACUGCCCAGUGUCUAAGAACUUCUUGGCCUCGGCAUCAUUGGCCCAUUUCGUGUGCUCUUCUUUCCUGGUUCGUUGCCAGGAAGGAAUUGUGUCCCAUCAUUCAUUGGCUCGUCGUCAAAGCGAUGCCGACUAUACGCUGGUCACGAAACCAAUCGACUGGCCUGCUUUUUAUUCUCCAGGAACACCCGAGGAAUCGUCUUCUCCUUCAUCUCCAACCACUUCAAUUUCCUCCCUGCUGACCCCAGUUUCUUCGCUGAAAAGCUACCUGUUUGAAUCUGCCGCUCCAUUGCUUCAUUUGACUAUUGAAGACGAUUGCUUGCAGAUUCUGGGCGACUGGAUCGACCACUUGGUGCUUUCGCCAGUACAGAACAUGGUUGACGCUGAAAACUGGCUUUUUCAUCCACAACUUCCCAGCAUGCUUAAAUCUGCCGUUGAACGGUAUAAAGCAUUCUGGAAAAUCGUCCCAAGAAACCCUACUGGCCUGGUGCCAGUACCUACACUUGAUAUUCGUUUGGUUUGGUACGCCCACAUGGGUCGUUUCAACGACUAUGCCAACUUCUCUGUAUUCAAUUCCAAGAGAAUUUUGGUUCCUCCCAAGACUGGCGUUCAAUCAACCAAAGAUUUCGAUAAGACGGCUUCCUUAUUCCGCAAACGCUUCCACGUUCCUUAUUGCCCUUGUGGCCACUUAGAUGGAUCUCCCGCUUACGCUAGAGAUUCUUGCGCUCUUUCGUGUUACAGACAUGUUUACGACCUCUUAGCGCCUUGUUACGACUGA